AUGACUCGGGAAUGUGCACCGCCGUCACCGAGCAGCACGAGAUCGGAAACGAGACCCGUUUACGGUCAUUAUACAAAUUCCAUAAUAUCUGGAGCUGGAAGACUUUUCGAAAAAACUCCGUUGCAACCGUCGGAUAGUUUAGACGAAAUCGCACUUCAAAUACCAAGUAAAUGA